AGGAUGAAACGACGCUUUGCGCAUGCGUCCUGGAUCAGGGAAGCAGAAGAAGAGGAGGAUGGCGGAGGAUGGGAAGGACGACUCGGUGGCUACUGACGACGAUUCAGACCUAACAGCAGCUGACGGGAGCCUGAACAACACGAUGGUGGAAGAAGGCUCCACUCUCCUGCGCAGGAUGGAGAUCUGUGUUGCUGAGGCUGAGAAAAGGAGCGGCAAAAAUGCAGUGAGCAUGCAGGAGACGUUCACCGUGUAUCUGAUCGAAACAAGGCCAAUGGAUGCAGUCGCUGAAGGUCGUAAUCCAGCUCCCGACUCUCUGUGGAGGCGAUACAGUGAAUUUGAACUGCUGCGGAACUACCUGAUAGUCACCUAUCCGUACAUCGGUCCCCCUCUGCCUGAGAAGAGGGCAGAGUUUGUGUGGCACAAGCUGUCCGCAGACAACAUGGACCCAGAUUUUGUGGAGCGCCGCAGGGUCGGACUGGAGAACUUUCUGCUUCGUGUGGCCUCUCAUCCAGUCCUGUCCAAUGACAAGAUCCUCUACCACUUCCUCACUGAGGAGCAUGGCUGGAAGGAGGUCGUGUAUGAGACAGGGUUUCAGGCAAAGGCAGAUUCCAGACUCAGAGCUCUCAGUGCCACCUUCAGGGUGAGAAAUCCAGAUAAGCGCUUCAUGGAAAUGAAACAUUACAGCGAUGAGCUGCAGUCACACACAUCUCAGCUGCUCCGAGCACGAGCAAGGGUCGCUGAUCGACUGUAUGGUGUUUACAAGGUCCAUGGCAACUAUGGAAGAGUCUUCAGUGAGUGGAGUGCCAUAGAGAAAGAGAUGGGAGAUGGACUGCAAAGUGCUGGUCAUCAUAUGGAUGCGUAUGCUGCCUCAAUAGAUGACAUCUUAGAGGAAGAGGAACAUUAUGCAGAUCAGCUGAAAGAAUAUCUUUCCUAUGCUGAAGCCUUGAGGGCAGUGUGCAGGAAGCAUGAGCUGACCCAGUUUGAGCUUGAGAUGGCCUCUCAGGACCUCAUCUCUAAGAAGCAGCAACGUGAGGAACUAGCUACAGGGAUAGUACGGACAUUCUCCUUUAAAGGCAUGACAAACAAGCUUUUUGGACAAGAAGCACCUGAGCAGAGGGAGGCCAAGCUUAAGCUGUUGGAGGAGCUGAUAAUAGAGGGCGAAGAGACUGUCAAGGAGAAAACCGUGGAGUGCGAAGAGCAUGUUGAAAGGGCGUGGGUGGACAUGCAACGAUUCAAGGAGCAGAAAGACAAAGAUCUACGAGAAGCCCUCAUCAACUACGCGGUCAUGCAGAUCAGCAUGUGCAAGAAGGGAAUACAAGUGUGGAGCAAUGCCAAAGAAUGUUUCCUCAAGAUGUGAAGCUGAAGCCAUAGUCAGAAGAUUUCAGUGAUCCUCCACUGUGGAUUUUAAGAAAUGAUGCCAAUGUUUUCUGUGUGAGGUCAGAAAACAACAAAAUAUGUAAAAACAUAAUACAUGUACAAACAGUAAGCACUUAUUUAGCAAUAGGAAAUAUUAUUAACUGUUAACCUCUUGUGGAGUGAACAGAUGUAGGGCGGUGGUAAUUUUAAAAGCACAUGAACUACACACUGGAAAUCAGCUCAUAGGAUGGACUUUUUUUUUAAAUUACCAAGACCAGUUUCUCAAACUUUUAACAGGCACUUUGCUACUUCUACAUGUUAAUCCAUAAGAACCCAUGGUGACACCAAUGUAACAAGCACUUUGAGUGCCCCAGUCUCUUCCUAUUAAAGCUUUAUGUCUGACUUUAACUCAUUAAGUCCUUUAAGGAAAAAGGGUCUGGGUUCUUAUGGGUUAAAGUCAGUUAACUAGUUGUGGGUUAGUAAAUGGACUUUGACAGUCUGGGAGUGGGUAAGAUGUGGGCAUUUGCCAGCAAUGGAAUCAAAGUGUAUGUGGGAUUACUCCACUGUUUAUUUAACCCUUACAAGGCCAUGUUUCUGGAAAAGUACAUAUACUAAAACAUAUACUAAAAACACCUAAUCCAUAAAAAUAUCGAUCAAGUCUUGUGAGGUCGCAUUGUCGUAGACAUUCGCCAUUGUGAAUUUCGGCCGUGUUAUUACGGUACACGGCCCCCGAUAAAACCUUCAUAAUUGCGGCUUCGUUAUAACGGCUCAUAUGGCUUUAUCGUUUGAAAUAAGCAAAUUUGGGGCCAAUGUUUAUAUCUUACUAUUGGUCGACUUAAACAUACGGGUGUGUGCAUAUUUUAUGUUAAUUAGCGAGCCGAGAAUGUUCGGUCCCGGCUUUUUAAGGGUUAAAAUGUGGCACUUUUGGUUUUCAGUCAUCUCCACUCUGCAUCAAAGCAGCUGACGUAGGUGUGAAUGAGACUAAGAGUUUGGCACUUUUAAUUUUUACUCUGCCAAGGAAUGCGGCAGAGUUAUGUCACGAUCGGUGUACAUCUGUCUGUCUGUCUGUCUGUCUGUCUGUUAGCAACAUUACUCUAAAACAGACAAACGGAUUUGGAUGAAAUUUUCAGGGAAGGUCAGAAAUGGCACAAGGACCAAGUGAUUAGAUUUUAGCAGUGAUGCAGCUUAUAGUCUGGAUCCACGCAUUUGUUAAAGAUUUCUGUAUUAUUGUGAGACAGCAGCACGGUGUCACUGUAACCAUGACAACAAGUGAGCACUACAUCAGCUGCCUGUUGACCAUCACAUGAUUGUGAUCCUACUACAAAUCCACCGCUGUGGACUCAUCAGAAACGAUACAAGGAACAAGGAACAGGGUGUUUCUGAGUCCUGAACAUAACGUACACAUGCAUAACACACUCCUGGACAGGUCACCAUUCUAUCACAGGACUACAUAUAGAGACAAACAAUCACACUCACAUUCACACCUAUGGACUAUUUAGAAACACCAAUUAACAUUUGCAGUGUUUUUUUUUUAAAUUUGGUUCCCUGGAGGUUAGAUAUUUAACCUUGAUUCAAGAAAUAAAUUAGAGUCCCAUCACUCUGAAAAUGCUCCUCCACCUUUAUGGUGUGGUUCUGGUUUUCCCCAAAAUUCCCACCUCUUCUUGUAAAUUCAGUUUGUUAUUUGGGGAGAGAAAAAGGUUUUCUUUCAUCUUGUUAAUGUCCAUUCUCUGACCCUGUGCUCUCUAACUCAGAGAACUGUCUUUUACCUUGUGUUAGUGUUUAAUUCAGAUGUUUACUGGAUGUAGGAUUUUUGGAGCUUGUUCCGCACAAAAGGUUUUAAGUCUGAUUCUCUGACAUUGUUGCAUGAUUCUUUAUCACGUCUGUCUUCUAAAUCUCCCAACUUUAUGCAGGUGCAAUACUAUGCUGCUGGAUAAUCCCAAAGUCAACUGAGGUUUCAUUUAGACUGAUGUGAAACUUGCUGUAGGAUUUUGUAGUAGUCGAUUGGAAUUUAAAUGCUAAAAUAUUAUAUGAGCAUUAGCUGGAGAGGAAUCGGUCUUCUAUUAAUUGAUCUAUGUAAUAAUACAAGAUGAACCCAUAACCACGGUGGCAGCUAUUGUCCCUGAUACAUCAGACAGUGAAAAACAGUUAACUCUCUAAACCCCAAGCAGUUUCUGGCUGUUUCACUGUGGAAGCGGCACAGUGAUGCUUAGAGAGAACUCAGAGGUGUUCUCUGCAGUAUGACUCAGCUAAAAUGUCAUAAAUCACAUUUUUUGCAUUGUUUAUUUUAUGAACCUGUGAAAAAAAUGGACCACCAUGUACAACAUUUUUUGAAGUCCCCACAGAUGUUCCAACUACUGGAAAAUAGUGGUGCCAGUGUGAUGAUUCUUUGUGGUUUUAUGAUUUCUGACUCUGAUAAAUUGAGAUUUUCCUGCAAGAAAUCAUUCAUAUCCCUUGAAAUUGUCACAGAUUUCUCGACAGAUUUGACAAGACCAUUAACCUAAAUGGAAAAAGAGUAUCAUAUCUGAUCUGAAUCAAAUGAGCUGAAGUACAUAAACAUGAAAGCAUCAAAAGCACAUGAUAAGAUAAGAUAGACUUUAUUGAUCUCACAAAGGAGAAAUUUACCGUUACACAGCUCUUAGGAACAAACAGGGGGGUGCAAAAAGUCACGAAAGGUGCAAGUACAAGAUAACUCUUAUAUAAAUUGUUAUAAGAUAGAAAACUUUUCUUAUAUACAUUGUUAUAAAAUAAGAUAUUGCACAUAUUAACAACUACACAGUAGUGUUAUACAGUCUGAUGGCAGUGGGGAUGAAGGACCUGCGGUAGCGCUCCUUCUUGCACUGAGGGUGUCUGAGUCUCGUGUAAAGGAGCUGCUCAACUCCACUACAGUCCGGUGCAGUGGGUGGGAGCUGUUGUCCAUGAUGGAUGAGAGCUUGAUAUGGAUUCAUAGCAUCUUAUCAUGCUUGCAAGGCCAAAGGUGCAUAUUGUCAUGUUCUCCACUUGCUUUUGCCAUCAGGUUCUUUCUUCCAGUGAUACCUUAAGGAUGAAUUAGAGCGAGGAGGCUACACGAUACUGAUUACAUGUGGUGAGGUCAGACAGUGUGUUGUACUAAUGUACAGUAAGCUUUGUGACUCAGUCAGAGAUGCUUUUAGUUGAACUGAAGUCUCGUUCACCGACUCGACCUCUUUGCUCUGUGUUCCGUGUGUUAUUGAAUUUACAUUUAAUCUUACUGUUUUGAAGGCUUGCCAGCAAUAAGCUUUUUGUGUGUAACAAUUUGAAUUGUUAAUGUUAAUGCUCAAUUUGGAUGCUGCUUCUGUUUGGUCUAUUUAAUUGAAUAAAUAUGUUACAUCACUGA